ACGCGCUGACGUCAUAAGCGGAGCGACCGACUGGCAGCGCGUUUGGUUUGCGACAGGCCUGGUUCUGGCUGUGGGCUCAGGCCUGAGCUCAGACCUUACUAUGUGGUCUCCCUGGCGGUCCCGACCCUGAGCCGCCCAGGCAUGUGGGCGCUCGCGGGGCGGGCUCUCGCGCCGUGGGCCGCUGGGGCUGCGCGCUUGCUGCCUCCCUGUCCCCGGCACGCGGGUGUCUUGGAGCCAGGGGUCGCCUGCAGGCUCUUCAGCGCGGCCGAGCUCAAGGAGAAACCUGACAUGUCUAGAUUUCCCGUUGAAGAUAUUAGGAAUUUCAGUAUCAUUGCACAUGUGGAUCAUGGCAAAAGUACUUUAGCUGACAGGCUCCUGGAACUAACAGGAACAAUUGAUAAGACACAGAAAAACAAGCAGGUUCUUGAUAAAUUACAAGUGGAGCGAGAAAGAGGAAUCACUGUGAAGGCGCAGACAGCGUCUCUGUUUUACAGCUUUGGAGGAAAGCAGUACCUUCUAAAUCUCAUCGAUACACCAGGCCACGUUGAUUUUAGUUAUGAAGUGUCUAGGUCCCUUUCUGCGUGCCAAGGUGUUUUACUGGUGGUUGAUGCAAAUGAGGGUAUUCAAGCUCAAACUGUGGCAAACUUCUUUCUUGCCUUUGAAGCACAGUUGUCAGUAAUUCCAGUUAUAAACAAGAUAGAUCUGAAGAAUGCUGAUCCUGAAAGGGUUGGGAAGCAGAUUGAAAAAGUGUUCGAUAUCCCUAGUGAGGAAUGUAUUAAGAUUUCUGCGAAACUCGGGACAAACGUUGACAGUGUGCUCCAGGCAGUCAUUGAACGAAUACCUCCUCCAAAAGUACAUCGUGCAAACCCGCUGAAAGCUUUGGUAUUUGACUCCACCUUUGACCAGUACAGAGGUGUGGUAGCCAGCAUAGCACUGUUUGAUGGAAUGCUUUCCAAGGGAGAUAAAAUUGUGUCUGCACACACUAAAAAAACAUAUGAAGUCAAUCAAGUAGGCAUUUUGAAUCCUAAUGAACAACCAACUCAUAAAUUAUAUGCAGGACAGGUGGGCUUUCUGAUUGCUGGGAUGAAAGAUGUCACUGAAGCACAAAUAGGAGACACAUUAUAUUUACAUAAUCAUCCAGUGGAGCCCUUGCCUGGGUUUAAAUCAGCGAAACCAAUGGUAUUUGCAGGAGUGUACCCUAUAGACCAAUCCGAAUAUAAUAACCUCAAGAGUGCUAUAGAAAAACUGACCUUAAAUGACUCCAGUGUGACAGUGCAUCGGGACAGUAGUCUGGCCCUGGGUGCUGGCUGGAGGUUGGGAUUUCUUGGACUUUUACAUAUGGAGGUAUUUAACCAGCGACUAGAGCAAGAGUAUAAUGCUUCUGUUAUUUUGACAACCCCCACUGUUCCAUACAAGGCUGUUCUUUCCUCUGCCAAAUUAAUAAAGGAGUAUAAAGAAAAGGAAAUCACUAUCAUCAACCCUGCACAAUUCCCUGAUAAGUCCAAAGUAACAGAAUAUUUGGAACCUGUUGUUUUGGGCACUGUCAUUACACCAACUGAAUACACUGGAAAAAUAAUGGAGCUUUGUCAGGCACGAAGAGCAAUUCAGAAAAAUAUGACUUUUAUUGAUGAAAACAGAGUUAUGCUGAAAUAUCUCUUCCCUUUGAAUGAAAUCGUGGUAGACUUUUAUGACUCUUUGAAGUCUCUGUCUUCCGGAUAUGCAAGUUUUGACUAUGAAGAUGCCGGUUACCAGACUGCAGAUCUAAUAAAAAUGGAUAUUCUGCUGAAUGGCAAUAUCGUGGAGGAGCUGGUGACUGUGGUCCAUAGAGAGAAAGCAUACACUGUUGGCAAAAGCAUAUGUGAACGUCUAAAGGAUUCUCUUCCCAGACAGCUAUUUGAGAUCGCAGUUCAAGCAGCUAUUGGAAGCAAAGUAAUUGCAAGAGAAACUGUGAAAGCCUAUAGGAAAAAUGUUUUGGCAAAAUGUUAUGGUGGUGAUAUUACUAGAAAAAUGAAACUUUUGAAGAGACAAGCAGAAGGGAAAAAAAAGCUGAGGAAGAUUGGCAACAUUGAGAUUCCAAAAAAUGCUUUUAUAAAAGUCCUGAAAACCCAGCCUAAUAAAUGACUCAGGAAAAGCAGGACUUCUGUUUCUUGUAAUUUACAUUGACAACAGAUUGAAAACUCUGAAGUGCUUAUUACUUUCAGGGUCUGCAACUAUGACCUACUUCAGUGCUUCUCAACCUUCCUAAAGAGGCCACCCUUUAGUACAGUUCCUCAUGUUGUGGUAAUCCCAACCAUAAAAUUAUUUUUUGUUGCUGUAAUUCAUAACUGUAAUUUUGCUACUUUCAUGAAUCAUAAUGUAAAUAUUUAAAAUGAGGAUGUCAGAUACGCACCCUCUGUGAAAGGGUUGUUUGACCUGAGGUUGAGAAGUGCUGACGUGUUGGUAGAGAAGAUCUUAAAUGUAUGUACGCUACAUUGCUUAUUUUCUUACGUUCUACUCACGGAAUCUCCCCAAAAUCCCUCACCUAUCUUUCAGAUUGAGAUUAUAUUACUACACCCUGCAUAGGGAGCUUUGGAAAGUAAAGGAGCUUAAUACAUUUUAAAUAUUCAUGAAGGCAGGCCUAUUAUACAUUUAAUCACAGUGAAUCUUAACUUUUUCACAUGCUUUUUUCUUUUUUCUUUUUGUUUUCAGUGUUUUGAGACAGGAUCCUGCCAUGUAGCAUGGCUAGCCCAAUGUCUUAGUUUAUUGCUGUGAAGAGACACUGUGACCUCAGUAACUCUUAUAAAGGCAAACAUUUCCUUGGGGCUGUCUUACAGUUUCAGUGGUUUAGUCCACUAUUGUGGGACUGGAGCAUAGUGAGAAGCAUGGCGGCAGGCAGGUAAGCAUGGUGGUGGAGAAGCAGCUGAGAGGUCUACAUUCUAAUCUGCAGGUGGCGGCAGCGGCAGCCACACUAGGCUUAGCUUGAGCAUGUGCGAUCUCAAAGCUCAUUUCCACAGGGACACACGUUCAUCAACAAGGACACACUUCCUAAUAGUGCUACCCCACCUAAGAGUACCAUUCCCUAUGGGCCAGCAUUCACACACAGGAGUUUAUAGGUGGUAUUUCAUGCAGGAUUCCUUACACAGGCUAGGUUGACCUCAGACUUGUGACAGUCCUCCCACCUUAGCCUUCUCACUGCUGGGAUUUUAUAGCCAUGUGCUACUAUCUUCAACUUCUGCAUGGGUUUUCUUCCAGAGACUAAGAGGAGCCCUAAUUACAUCAAUUAACUUUGCAAAUCACCUUGUUUCAGUUUUUAGCUCAAUCACUGUAUCUGAUAUAUAGGAAUUGUUACUAAGAAAGAGACUCAAAAGACUGUGUUACCAGACAUUUGUUCUGGCUUUUUAUGCCUAUACAUUUAAUCAAGCAUUUCUGAAACUAAGUUAUACAUACCGCUUAAGUUUGGGAUAGGGCCCCAUCUUGUUUUUGACACUCUUGAGUACAUUCAUGAAAAGUGACAUACAUUUGAUAUUAGCACCAGCUGUUAGUAACUGUCACCUAAACGAACCUAAAUGACACAACUAAUAAGUGGUAUAGUUUCAUGUUCAUUCACAACAAACUGAAAAAUGUAUUCCUGCAAGAAAGAGUCUUGAUUCUGGAUUUUACUUUCUGCCUUCUAUCUUGUACAUACCUAGUAGCAAAAAAGGUUACUGAUGUGUCUUCACGUUUUGAUGGGAUUUUAAAGUGAGGACUUAGAAGUUAGGUAGCCUUAGUUUAUCCUCUUAUAUAAGUUGUCUCACUUCUCCCAGCCUGAUUUGCUAGGUAGAAAAUACCAAAUUCCUACUGCAGUAUGUUUUUAAAUGGCAAUAUAUUUGAAACUGAGACAAUGCAGUUGUUAAAAUGUUCUGCUCUUCCAUUAUUGCUAAGGGAAAGGCAAAACCUGGUACACAUGUCCUAAUAUCCAGUAUCUUCAGCGUAACCCUUGCGCUUUUUUAGAUUUCGACUAUUCUUUAACCCAUAAUCCUUUGGAAUUAACAUAGUGCUAACAGAAAACAUUUGCAAGGUUUAAUUUUAAGUUAUAAAUUUUGAGUUUAUUCCUUUGGGUUCUAGAAUCCCAAUUUGUAUAGUUGUAUGACCAAAAAAUAAUUGCAACUUACUAAAUUUGGUAUGGGCUGGCCAGUGUGCUGAGUUUUAUAUACUUUUUUCUAACAGCAGAGGGUAAGAUGUUGCCAUUUAUAUCUCCUGGUGACAGACAGAAUCCAGAUGUUUUUACUUCAAAGGCAAAGAUUAUAUCAUUGAUUCAUGACAUCUUCAAUGGUUUCUAAGCUUUUUAAGAGUAUAGCACUAGGAUGCUCCAGUGGCCAGGGAAGUGCGGAGGAGAGAAUGCUGUGAGACAGCAUCAGUGCUAGAAUGAAAAAGAUCUCUUUAGACCUUUGGAGCACAGGAGGAAUGAAUGAUACUUCAGAAGAGACCAUUAACUUCUCACCAUGAUGCUAUACAGCCAAAGGUGGGGUAAUCUCGAGUAAACAUGUUACUGCCAAACUCAUUCCUGCAGGAUUGAUGCUACUGAUUUGACUGGUUAACUAAAAUAUGUUAAGGGCAUAGGGACUCCUUGAACAAAUUGUUUUUGCCAGGGAUUUUGUCCAAGCGGUGAGAAGUCCAAGCAUCUUAGUGUGACUAAGACGUCUACUAAGGGAAGACUGAGACAGGGUGAUAGGGAGGAAGAACACUACUAAGGCUAACUUCACUUUGUGGGGUGCCCAUCUGAAUGAAUGGUGUACCAGUUUUAAUAUUAAGAAGGGAGGCAGAAUAGUCUAAGAGAGAUUUAAAACUCAGCUUAAUUUUAGUAUAACCCAGAAUAUCCCAAUCUGAUGUUCUUCAGCAGGCUGUUUGCUCCAAAGAGGUUCCAGAGUAUCUAUGUACGUGCUCUGGGAUGUGAAACCCUAUCACACAGCACCUUUAUACUUCCAUAGUUGUUUGAUAUCUCCCAAAUACAUAUAUGCAUAUGCAUUUUAAUAUUUAUAAUACAUAUACAUAUAAUUUAUAUGUAAUUGGUUUACUUUGAUGAAUAAGAAACAGCUGUUAAGACAUCACUGGGAAUUAAUGCACCAUUAUUGGUGGCAUUGGUUUGACUGCGUGUAUGCCAUCUGUCUUAUUGUGUGAAGUAUUGGUAUGCCUGGUACCCUCAGGGACAAGAGGGCAUUAGAGGAACCCUUGAAACUUGAACUACAAUGGGUUUGUGCGCCACCUUCCCUGCCAGUGCCGGGAACUGAACGCUUGAGCUGCAAGUACCCUCUAUCGCUGAGCCAUUCUCCAGCCCCCUUACUUUUCCCUCUUAGGCCUUGUCUUCAGUUUCCUACCUAUGUGAUGGCAACGAAUUUGAGGCAAAUGUAGUGUCAUGAGGACCAUUAACGAUCUCCCCCAUGAAUGUGAUUUCAAUUUUAGAAAGGAAAUUAGAUAAUUGUUUUAUUGUAAACUUUAAGUUAAAGAUAGAAAACAAUAUUUUUAUUUGCAACUUAAUUAUGCAAGUUAUUGCAAUUUAAACGUUUACAGUAAUUAUUUUAGUACAUACUUAAUAUCUCUUUAGACAUAUAUAAGGAUGAUUUACAAAAUUUAACAAUAAUCAGAAAAUGUUUUUCAAAAGGAUUUCUUUACGUUUGUAGCUAAGUAUAAAGCUCAUAAUUGCCGAUAUAAUUAUUAAGAGCAUUAACCCAGGUCAUUAAAUAAAAAUAAGCAUAUCUGUAAAAAAGUACCACAGAAGAAGGUGCAUAGAAGCAUGCACUCACACAGACUUUCUGAAAGGAUGUAAACUACUUUAGGGCACUGUCAUCUCCUCAGAGUUCCUUGAUUAAUGAGUAGGACUCCUGAUAUCCAGAUGCUACUGCAGAAAGAUGACUAAGGCAACUACAGGCAAAAAGCAUGUGUCUGAUGCACAAACAAAUACCCAUUCCAAGAGUGAAGGUCUGUAAUGACAGCAGGGUGAUAUUGGAAAGGCUUGGAGUGUCUUCAAAUAAGUCAAAGAGAUUACGUCACUAACAGGACCUGAGAGUGCAGAAAUCUCUUAAAAUGCAAACAUUUCACUGCUAGACUCUUUAUAGGUAGCCAUGGAGCUUCUAUACUUUAGAACAGCUAAACAAUUUUGGGAUCCAAUUACUUCUAGGGCCUAGUGUAAAACAGACACAUUCUAAAUGUGGAAUGUUUAACACACCGUGGGCUUUUUCUU